CCUGAAGUUUCGUCCCACGACCUGGGCAAUUCCUGAUUUCUUGCAUUAUUGUGUUUGUUUGAGUGCUGAUUCCGGGUCACCAUGAGCUUCAACGGCCUGCGGAGCCUUGCUCCCGCUACAAGAUUCUCCAGAUCUUUGAGAGAUCAAAGGCGACUUUUCUCAUCUAGCAGACCUGCAGCUCGAAUCAUUACCAGCCAACCCCUUCGUGCGAAAGAAGCCUCGCCAUUUCUCACAAAAAAAUACCCAGUGAUCGAUCAUGAGUACGAUGCCGUUGUCGUCGGUGCCGGAGGUGCCGGGUUGCGAGCAGCUUUCGGUUUGGCCGAAGCUGGAUUCAAUACUGCUUGUGUCACAAAACUCUUUCCCACAAGAAGUCACACAGUCGCUGCCCAGGGUGGUAUCAACGCCGCCCUCGGAAAUAUGCACGAGGAUGACUGGAGAUGGCAUAUGUACGAUACCGUGAAAGGUUCCGAUUGGCUCGGUGACCAGGAUGCUAUUCACUACAUGACCAGAGAAGCUCCUCAGAGUGUUAUCGAACUUGAGGGCUACGGCUGCCCUUUCUCUCGAACCGAGGAUGGCAAGAUCUACCAGCGAGCUUUCGGUGGCCAGUCGAAGGAAUUUGGCAAGGGAGGCCAAGCGUACCGAUGCUGUGCUGCCGCCGACAGAACUGGCCACGCUCUUCUCCACACCCUCUACGGCCAAUCUCUCCGGUACAACGCUAGCUAUUUCAUUGAAUACUUCGCCCUUGACCUCUUGAUGGAGAACGGCGAGUGCAAAGGUAUCCUCGCAUAUAACCAGGAGGAUGGAACACUUCACCGCUUCAAGGCCCAUCAUACCGUCUUAGCCACUGGCGGUUAUGGACGUGCCUACUUCAGCUGCACUUCCGCCCACACUUGCACUGGUGAUGGUAUGGCCAUGGUGGCUCGUGCUGGAUUGCCUAACCAAGAUCUCGAGUUCGUGCAAUUCCAUCCAACUGGUAUCUAUGGUGCCGGUUGUCUCAUCACCGAAGGAGCUCGUGGUGAGGGUGGCUAUCUCCUCAACUCUAAUGGUGAACGUUUCAUGGAACGUUACGCAUCCACUGCCAAGGACCUUGCCAGUCGAGAUGUCGUUUCUCGUUCUAUGACCCUUGAAAUCCGUGAGGGACGUGGUGUUGGCCCUGAGAAAGAUCACAUCUACCUCCAACUUAGCCAUCUUCCUCCCGAAAUCUUGCACGAGCGCCUCCCUGGUAUUUCAGAAACUGCUUCCAUCUUCGCUGGCGUCGAUGUCACCAAGCAACCAAUCCCAGUCCUGCCAACCGUUCACUACAACAUGGGUGGUAUUCCUACUCGCUACACUGGUGAAGUGCUCACCAUUGAUGAGAAGGGCAAUGACAAGAUCGUUCCUGGUCUCUAUGCUUGUGGUGAAGCCGCCUGUGUCUCUGUCCAUGGUGCUAACCGUCUUGGUGCCAACUCUCUCCUCGACCUUAUCGUUUUCGGCCGUGCUGUUUCCCACACGAUUCGCGACAAUGCUACUCCAAACACUCCUCACAAGGAAAUCAGUGCCGAUGCCGGUGCUGAGUCUAUCGAAGUGCUUGAUAAGAUCAGAACUGCUGAUGGACCAAAGUCCACUUUCGACAUCAGAAACGCUAUGCAGAAGACUAUGCAGACAGAUGUUAGCGUUUUCCGUACUCAAGAGAGUUUGGACGAGGGUGUUCGCAAGAUUAACGAAGUUGACCAAAUGUUCGCGCAAGUUGGAACUAAGGAUCGCAGCAUGAUCUGGAACUCCGACCUCGUGGAGACCCUUGAGUUGAGAAACUUAUUGACUUGCGCUACUCAAACAGCCGUUGCUGCUGCUAACCGCAAAGAAUCGCGUGGCGCCCACGCCCGCGAGGAUUACCCCGACCGUGACGACGCCAACUGGAUGAAGCAUACCCUCACAUUCCAGAAGGAACCCCAUGGAAAGGUCGAUCUUACUUACCGCGCUGUGACACAGACCACGCUGGACGAGAGCGAGUGCAAGCCUGUCCCACCAUUCAAGCGCGUAUACUAGAAAGUUCCGGCUUUGCCCCCAUUUUCUCUUUCAAAAGCCUCUGUUGAGCCGGAGUUCUGUCCGUUUCAUAAGCUGAAAGGACAUGUAUACAAAGAUGAAAAUUUUCUUGAUUCAACUGUAUAUAACCAUGAUGCAUCUGUCUGACGGGAGUGUUAUUGACUUUUCUGUUUGAUAUACUUUUGUUUUGCUACCUUUUUGGCGUAAUACAACGACGCAGAUUUCCUUGUUAUUCAAAAGA